AUGGCAAGCUCCAAAGUCUGGUUCAUCACUGGCUGCUCUAGUGGCUUCGGCAAAGAGCUCACCCUUGGUGCUCUCAGUCGAGGGGACAGAGUCAUUGCCACCGCCCGCAAUGCUAGUAAACUUGAGGAUCUCCGGAAAGCUGGUGCCGCGACAAUGAGCUUGGACGUCACAGCCUCACUGGACGACCUCAAGAAAAUUGCCGAAGAAGCACAUCAGAUUUAUGGAAGAAUUGACUAUCUCAUCAACAACGCUGGCUACAACCAAGUCGGAGGCUUGGAAGAACUCACCCCCGAGGAAACUCAAACCCAAUUCGCGACCAAUGUUUUCGGUAUGUUGAACGUCACCAGAGCCAUAGUCCCAUACAUGCGAGCACAACGAUCCGGCGUUGUCGCCAACAUCUCCAGCAUCGGAGCGUGGCGUGGCUAUGCGGGAGUGGGCCUCUACUGCGCGUCCAAAUGGGCCGUCAGCGGCCUGUCCGAAACCAUGCACUAUGAAUUGGCCGACUUCAACAUCAAAGUCUGCACAAUUGAGCCAGGCUAUUUCCGCUCCAACUUCCUCAACCCGGGGAACAAGAUCCACAAGAAGAAUGUCAUCCCCGACUACGACGGGACGGCUGUUCGAAAGGGAGAGGAAUUGAUGAACGCAUACGAUAACAAGCAGCCUGGAGAUGUCAAGAAGGGUGUAAAGGUCAUGCUUGACGUCCUGACCGGUGCCUCGGGUAAAGAAAUACCAAUAAAACUGGCUCUUGGGACGGAUGCGUAUCGAAUGAUUAAAGCCAAGUGCGAGGAAACCAUCCAGAGACUGGACGAGUGGAAGGAACUCACCUGCUCUACCGAUCUUGACGAGGCAUAG